AUGUCAGCUCCUCUCGGGCCCCGGGGCAGCCCGGCAGCCCCGCCGGACACGCCGGACCUGAGCCACCUCACCGAGGAGGAGCGAAAGAUCAUCCUCUCGGUCAUGGAUCGACAGAAGAAGGAAGAGGAGAAGGAGCAGUCCAUGCUGAAGAAGCUGCACCAGCAGUUUGAGAUGUAUAAGGACCAGGUGAAGAAGAUCGGGGAGGAGGCUCAGAAGGCUCAGGAGCCGAAGGGCGACUCCCCCACCUGCGGAAUCUGCCACAAAACCAAGUUUGCCGACGGCUGCGGCCAUGUGUGUUCUUAUUGCCAAACCAAGUUCUGCGCGCGCUGCGGAGGACGCGUCUCUCUGAGAUCCAACAAGGUAAUGUGGGUGUGCAACUUGUGCCGAAAACAACAAGAAAUCCUCACCAAGUCGGGGGCCUGGUUCUACAGCGGCGCUGAGGGCCGUGGGUUGGGGCCCCAGGCCAAAGCACAGGGGUCCAGAGUUGUGGACAGGAAACGAAGCCCGUCAGCAUCCAGGGAUCCGAACGCAGCGUACAACCAAAGGGAGGGGGUUGGAGGACUGCAGCAUGCGCCGGCGGACCCUGGUAUGCCUCGCUCUCCGUCCGACUACGGACGAGACCCGGGCCGCUCUCCUCGGGGCUCCAGGAUGUACGAGGACCCUCGCUGGCACUCUCAGGACCAGCACCUGGACGUCCAGCUAGAAGACUAUGAGCUCCAGCGGCGUCGGGAGCAGGAGGAGGAGUAUCAGGCCCGUUACCGCAGCGACCCCAACCUUGCACGGUACCCGGUCAAACCACAGCCCUAUGAAGAGCAGAUGCGUAUCCAUGCCCAGGUGUCCCGGGCGAGGCACGAACGCCGCCACAGCGACGUUUCUCUUGCUUACACAGAGCUGGACGAGCCUCUGCAUGGCCUCGGAGGGAGGCAGUCUCGACCGCCGCUUCUCGGAGGCCCGGGGCCACGCUCCUACUCGCCCUCCGACGCCCCAUCGCAGCCCGGUGCUUGGCGAGCCAGCCAGGAGGCCGGUUCCCCAGCCACACCACCUGGACCCCAGCUCGGCCCUGCACAGGAGUAA